UAGGGGGAUUUGAAUGCACUGAACAAUCUGCUUGAAUUCUUUAUUAAUUAUGAGACAACAGGAAUCUUCAAGACAACGCAGAGAAACUGGAACCACAUGAACGCUACAGAAACAAACACAGGCUUCAGUUCACAUUUGAAUGAUGCUUCUUCAUGAAAUCAAAUGAUGCCCCAUCCAAAAGAAAAGAAAAGGUGAUGAAGCUCCAUCUCCUCCCUGUACUCACCCAUUUGGAGCUCUUCCUAUCGUGUCCCAGAAUGUUUGGACCCCUUUGCCUUCACUGUAUGCAAGCUCUUGGAACCUACAUCCUCUGAAAGAUGCAUGCAUCCCCAUCCCAAUUCCCCUCAUGGGAGUCAGAAAAAUGUUAGCCCCACAUGAUGCCAAAUUCCACAUCUCACUGCUCAUCUAGUGAUGCAAAUAUCAAUAAAGUAAUCUUUGUCAACCUCCCUUCUUUCCCUUUGCUCUUGUCUCUUCUUACCCCUCUGACAGGUGCCAAGGGGAGUGAGCCACCAAGGACAAGAGAGGUGACAAAUCUCACCACCUCCUCUGUCUGCCUGCCCUCUUCCCUCCAUGCAUGGAUUUCAAAAGCCGGGCACGAGCCCAUUGCUGAUUUGCUAUGCUUCUUGGGGGACUGUGAUCCCAAGUGGGUGGCAUACCAACUACUUUGUUUACUCAUACCUUGUUAAUGUCCAUAAUCCUGUUUAAGCUUGAGAGUCAAUGAGGUUGUCACUUCCUUGAUGUACUUCCACUCUUAUGGAGAUCGAUGCCCCCUAAUUGUUAUCAAGUCCGAGCCUUGUCCUCUUCUUCUGGAAAAACUCACUGUUGUGGGAGCGCAGCACAUGCAUGCUUGCUUGAUUUAUCCAUUAUGCUUUCGAGUCGAUGAUGAUCAACAUCAUCAACUCGAAAACAGGAAUGUGCAGCUUGACGAUGGAGAGUUGGCUGUCUUCUUAGGCAACAGAGACAAAGGAAAGAAUGGGAAUUUGGGGCAGACGAAAUAAAUGCACUCUCCCUCAUUAAUGCACUGGGCACCAGCAUGUGAACAAACUGGCGAGUCGGUGGGCAUCUUCAGCCAUGAAAAUGGCCAUGCACGUCCAAACGGAGGAAUGUUUCAAUAAGAAAAAAAAAAAAUUGGAAUUUAGCGGGCUUUUAACUCCUUCAGCUACAAGAAAAAGCAAGUCUGGACAGAGAUGCCAUGCUAAAAAGACCCCUUUGAAGAAAUGGCAAGAAAAGAUGAAUCAUUCUCUGGCAGUGUGUGCCAAAAGCUUCUAUGUCAAAUGGCAGAAUUCAAAUUAAGUAUUUUUUUCUCUUUCUCUCUCCCUCUCUUAAUUAUGAUACAAUGACAAUGAGCCAUUUAUAUCACUAUUUAAUUAAUGUUUUUGUUUGAAAUUGAAUUCGCAGAGCAGAGCCGAUCCAAAAGCUUAUAAAAGGCCACCAUGGCGUCUCUUCUCUUUUGCAUUAGUGUUCUUUACAAUGGAGAGCAGCAGCAAGCUGAAGCAGCGCCUCUCUCGCUUGUUCCGCGCCGCCUGCAAGCCGUCCACCUCAUCCGUCCACCACACCGCCGUUGACCCGGCUUUUGUGGCCACCGUGGACUGCGGCGGCUGCCGUCCGGCAGCGGCGCAGGUAUGCGAGAGGCAAAGCCGGGGGAAGAAGGAGAGGCGCGUCAGGGAGACGGGCGGGUACUACGAGACCGGCCAGGGGGAGGGCAGUACGUGCCCUCCGGCCUCACCGGCCUCCCCUUCCAUGUCCUCCUUCCCCGCCUACUACUACUAUUGCAUCCACGGCGACGACACCAAACGGCCGGAGCUAUGCCCUUCGAGGUCAAAAGCAACGAAGAAGAGAAGCACGGUGCGGCUUCGGUCCAACGCGUACGGAUUCACCAGCUCUUCGUCGACGGAAACCGACGACGACGACGGCCGUCAGGGUGACGGAUUCUUCAGUAGCGAAGAGAGGGAAGAGUCGACCACGACGACGUUCUUCUCCUCCAGGAGCCUCUCCUCCGACUCCUCCGAGUUCUACGCGUCCGCCAAGAAGAGCAAGAAGCCCGCGGCGCAGCAGCGGAGUCGCCGGCGAGGGAGUAACCGCCGCGAAGCUUCUUAUUGGCCGCCGGGCGGGUGCAAGGGCGGAUGCAAGGAAGGUUUCCGGCCGCUGGUCGCCUCCAUCGACGACGGCAAGAAGAAGAAGAAGAAAAAAAAAAUGGAAAAGGACGAGAAGGGAGACGGAUUCGCAGUGACGAAGCGGUCGAAGGACCCAUACAGCGACUUCCGGACGUCGAUGGUGGAGAUGAUGAUGGAGCGGCAGAUGUUCGGAGCGCAGGAGCUGGAGCGCUUGCUGCACUCCUACUUGGCCCUGAAUUCUUCGCACCUGCAUCCGCUGAUCCUGCAAGCCUUCUCCGACAUAUGGCUACUUCUCUUUGCUCAAUGAUCAGCUCAGCUCAGCUGUGUUCAAUUCCUCCCUGCUACACACAAAAACCUCGAUCGAUAUCGAUUAGUUUGAUAAAUGAGUAGCAGUGGCAGUAGCAGUAACAGUAGCAGUAGAAAUAGUAGUUGAUCUCGAUCUCUCAUGCCUGCUGUAAUUUUAACGUUGCAUGUUCUUGUUUCA